AUGCUCCUUGGCAGAAUGGGAGUGCUGAAGCUGCGGUUGGUCCCUCAAACGCACUUGCGCCGUUAUCGUGAUGUCUAUAAUGCUACCGGUAAAUGGGAGGAUCUCAUGGCUAAGGCGAUGCGCCGAGCGAAUGCCAAACCGGGGCUGACAGGCAAAAGCAGUUUUGAGAUCUUUUUCGGUCGUGCCCGUCGUGAAGAAGAAGAGCUGCGCCUUGCUCCGGGUGGGGCCACUCAAGCGCUUAAUCCGCCGAGCCGUGAUGAGAAACCACCUGUCCUCGACGACAUUGAGAAGGAGAGAGAAGCGUUGAAGGACGACCUCAUCCAGGCCAAGGAAGAGCGGCCUUUGGUCACCACUUUGAGACCAAGGAGAAAAGCGCAAAUGCCUAAGAUCGGGGAUCGCGUACUAGUCUUCCGACCCGAUCCUUUCGGUGGCGCCGGUCAUGGGCAGGGGAAGUAUAGCCGUGACUGGUAUAGAGUUGUUAACAUUGAUCUACCUUCUCUGCGGGUGGAGGUGCGAAAAUCCGAUACUGCGGAGAGCACCUCGUGGGAGAGCCUACGCAAUAUUCGUCCCUUUUACGGUUAG